AUGCGGGGCACUUUGAGAUCAUUCACCCUCUUCUGUGUCAUUCUGAUGGUCCGGGCAGACCAGUGGAGGCUGAAGGAGUCCCACAACUGCGAGUCAAACAGGAAACAAACUGACCUAAACUCCUUCCUGUGGACGAUCAAACGGGAUCCUCCUGCGUAUUUCUACGGCACCAUCCACGUUCCCUACACACGUGUUUGGGACUUCAUCCCUGAAAAUUCCAAGCAGGCCUUCCAGGAAAGCCACAUUGUGUACUUUGAGCUGGACUUGACUGACCCGUACACCAUCUCAGCCCUGACCAGCUGUCAGCUGCUUCCUCAAGGUGAAAAGCUUCAGGAUGUCCUGCCCCGAGACAUCUACAGGAGACUGAAAAGACACCUUGAGUAUGUAAAACUCAUGAUGCCUUCUUGGAUGACCCCAGAUCAGAGAGGGAAAGGACUGUAUGCCGACUACCUCUUUAAUGCGAUUGCUGGGAACUGGGAGAGGAAGCGCCCUGUUUGGGUGAUGCUGAUGGUGAACUCGUUAACUGAGGCAGACAUCAAGACACGAGGGGUGCCGCUGCUGGACCUGUACCUGGCCCAGCAGGCAGAAAGGAUGAGGAAGAAGACGGGAGCAGUGGAGAAGGUAGAAGAACAAUGUCAUCCACUCAACGGGCUCAACUUCUCUCAGGUGCUCUUUGCCCUGAACCAGACCUUACUACAGCAGGAGUCAUUAAGAGCAGGAAGCCUACAGGUCCCAUACACAACUGAGGACCUCAUCAGACACUACAACUGUGGAGAUCUCAACUCCAUCAUCUUCAAUCACGAUACCUCACAGGUCCCUAAUUUCAAUAACGUGACGCUGCCUCACAGUGAGCAGGUGACUGCCCAAGAAAUAGACAGCUACUUCCGACAGGAGCUCAUUUACAAGAGGAAUGAGAGGAUGGGCAAGAGGGUGAAGGCACUGCUUGAGGAGCACCCUGACAAGAGAUUCUUCUUUGCCUUUGGUGCAGGUCACUUUCUUGGCAACAACACAGUUAUCGAUGUCCUUCGCCGCCAAGGUUAUGAGGUGGAGCACACUCCUGCCGGACAGCCCGUAAAGAGGAGAUCAUCUUUCAUAUCUGCUUCACCAGCAUUGGAAGACCACCAGGAUGAGUCACCUCUACUGGAGCCUUUCCUCCAUGAGCUGCCUCUCAAGGCCGAGGAUGAUGGGAGACCCCAGGAGGAGGAGGAUCUUUUACCUCACAUGAUUCUUCCACCUGAUGGCUUGGAUAUGCUAGAGAAAGCACAGAGGAAAAUGCUGAAGAAAAAACGGAGGAACAAGCAAAAGAAACAGCGGAACAGGCAUUUUAAUGACCUUUGGGUGCGCAUAGAGGAGAGUUCUGUGGCACAGUCUCCUCCUCCCCCACUGGUCCACUUCAAGGGUUACAUCACAGUGCAGCCUUCGAACAGAUUCCACAACCACUACAGCUACCAUCAUAAACAGUCUUCAUCGCCCUGCUCGUCAUCCUCAUCAUGUUUACUUCUCUUUCUCUCUACCUUGCUAGCAAUGAUUCUGCAGAUGAGAAUCACAGUCCUCUAGCAUGACGUUCUUUGGGCCAAUUAAAAGUCAGAAAGUUUAAGCUCAAAGAGAUGAUUUAAGAUAACUGUACAUGGAAUAUG